CAGCCGGGAAGGAGCUGCGGAUCGCGAGGCCAGUACCGACCCCGCCCGCUCGCCCGCGCGCCGCCUCCGCCCGCCAUGGCCCGGGACUAUGACCACCUCUUCAAGCUGCUCAUCAUCGGCGACAGCGGUGUAGGCAAGAGCAGCUUGCUGUUACGAUUUGCAGACAACACCUUCUCAGGCAGCUACAUCACCACAAUCGGAGUGGACUUCAAGAUCCGCACUGUGGAGAUCAACGGGGAGAAGGUGAAGCUGCAGAUCUGGGACACGGCGGGGCAAGAGCGCUUCCGCACCAUCACCUCCACGUAUUAUCGGGGGACCCAUGGGGUCAUUGUGGUUUACGACGUCACUAGUGCUGAGUCCUUUGUCAAUGUCAAGCGAUGGCUUCAUGAAAUCAACCAGAACUGUGACGAUGUGUGCCGAAUAUUAGUGGGCAAUAAGAAUGACGACCCUGAGCGGAAGGUGGUAGAGACAGAAGAUGCCUACAAGUUUGCUGGGCAGAUGGGGAUCCAGCUCUUUGAGACCAGUGCCAAGGAGAAUGUCAACGUGGAAGAGAUGUUCAACUGUAUCACAGAGCUGGUUCUACGAGCAAAGAAAGACAACUUGGCGAAACAGCAGCAGCAGCAACAGAACGAUGUGGUGAAGCUCACGAAAAACAGUAAACGAAAGAAACGCUGCUGCUAAUGGUCCAGUCCACUGCAGAGACUGCACUGCACCCCUCCCCCAGCCCGAGGCCCUCAGAGGCUCCUCGGGGGACAGUCUCAGUUUAGUGCCGUUAUUUAAAGAAUCUCUCCACGUUUUUUGUAUCGGGAGGCGCCAUCGGCACUUCCUCCCCAUUCCCCUUGAGUGCCAAGAAGGUGUUGGACAAGCCUGCCCUUCCCCGCUGGUGCCCAUCUCCCUGCUGAGGCACCUGGACCUGGUGAGGACGCUGCCAGCUGAGCGGACGGAUUAACCAGUUUGUAUAUAGUGUAUAUUGCAUUAACCAGCUGCACACCCUCAGCCUGCUCUGGCUUUUGCCUCCUUCCUGCCAACCUGCUGCAACAGACCCUCCCAAGCCCUCCUAUUCCAUCUCGACGGCAGCUUCCCGAGGAGCCAGCCUCAUGUCUUAGCUGAGUCUUUGGCCAACCUGGGCCCAUGGAGUGCACUCUACAUGGCUCCUGCCCUACAGCUGCUCUGGAAGCUGGGGAACCAGGCCUUCUCACAAGCCCUGCUCUCGGCUGGCCCUAGGCCUGCAGUUCCACAGAGAAAGUCAGUCCUGCCCUUUUGGCCAACAGGUUUCUUAUCCUGCCUUCUGGAUGCCUCUGCUACAAAUCCAGGGGAGCUGUGUGGCUUCUCCCUCACCCAUCAUGUUUCAGUUCCAGCAGGAAGGCAGGGCACCCUUGUUCAGAGAUGGAGGCUAUUUUAACAGACAGCCAAAGGAAGCCCAAUCAAACGCAUUGAGUUUCUCAUUUAUUUCCUUGAGACUUGGUUGGCUUAACAGCAGAAGUUGUGACUGUUCCACUUUGGGUUCAGUAUUUUUAGAAAAGAUGUAUGGCUUCUGUUCACUGUGGGGUCAGGCUCUCCCUUUGAUGAGAAAGGAGGGCUUUGCACCCCUGUUCCUGUGUGCACAAGGGCCUCCCACUGGAGCUAGUUUGUAAUGUAGCACCAGGCACCUCAGGUGCAUCCAGGGCUUGCUGGACUCCGGGAAGACACCUCCAAGCUGGGACAGGCGGUUUUGCAUUACUGACAGACCUGUUUUAGUAUAAAGGUGGUAGGAAAGUUUCUUAGCCACUGGGAAGACGUGGCAGUGGGGUGGGGGCAGCCAGUAUUGACCCACCCACCCCCCUGGAGGAAAAGCCAGGGUAAUCCACAUUUGAUUACUUCCCCCUUCCCUUAAAGGAUCACGUAACUGGGAAGAACUGAUUUGGACACCAUAGUGUUUUAUUAGAUUUCCUCUCCUGACUGGACAAUCAUCACAGAUUACUGCAGAUUUUCCAUGUUAACACUGUGGAUGGGUUUUUAAUCAAUAAAACUGGGGCUUCUCACCUGUCUCUCCACUUGUCCAAAGCUGGGGUUCUGAGCUUCAGGCUGGGUUUUGGAGCUGUGAGCCUAGGGAAGGUAGGUGCUGUGGAGGACACUCCAGGGCCAAGCAGUAGGCAGCUCCAUGUGGUCCAGGUGAGCUGGGAGUCGGGGCAGACUUCACCAUCUUGGCUGACAGCGGGGGCAGGUGUCACAUGUGCUUCCGAGCAUGUGGGAGCCAGUGUAGAGGUGUUGGCCAAAUCAAGCAAUAAGAGGGUGAUCCUGGAGCAUCCAGCCCAAGUUAGGUGCCUCUGUGGCUUUUGGCACUUGCCUGCUAAGGCCCAGGUGAUGGUGAUUCUGGUGACAACAGUGUGCCUGUCCCACAGAGUGUUACAUGCAUGAGUGGGGGUGGGGUGGGGGAAGGGUGGGGGUGGGGGACUCAGGGCUAAACUGGUGUCCUGGUGGACCUGAUGUGAACCUCCUGUCAAACAACAAACUUUUAAAUGGUUUGCUAGGAUUAUUUCUGUAUUGAAAGUUUCUAAUUAUGCUUUUUAAAAAAAAUACUAAAAAUAAAGGUUCAAGCUGCCAAA